CUCACCAUUUUUUCUCGUGGUCCAAUAUCAUCGGGUCGCCGUUGCCCCCGACUUGCCCUCUUGUCAAAUCGAUCGAUGAUUCGAGCAAAAAGCGACGAACCUAGUAGCCACGCAUGACGUAACUGCUUGCUCUCUUCGUCAACUUGCUUUCGGCUGAAAAAAAUGGCAGGCGUUUGGGCUGAAGACGAAAUUGGACGAAAAUGGGACCGAUGCUUCACCGACGCAGUCUUGAAAAUGGGCGGCGGUAUUUUCCUCGGUUCUGUUUUUUCUCUUCUAUUCUUCAGACGUAAAUGGCCGAUAAUAACUGGCGCUGGUUUUGGUCUAGGAAUGGCAUAUUCGAAUUGUGAAAAAGAUAUCAAUGCCACGCUAAUACAAUCUAAGCCACAAGCACGUAAAUGCGACGAUGCUAAAAAAUCAUAAUGUAGUGGAAAAAAGAAAGAUCAAAAGAGGGAAAAAAGAAACGAAUAUGUUGGAGCAGCAGGCUGUAGAACAGACUGGGCAGCUGCGCCAAAUCUAGUUGAAUUUGUAAAAUUAUGGCAACAAUAAUGGAAAAAAAAACGAAAAAAGAAAAACAUCACUAUUGCUGUAAUAAUAAAAUUCGUACAGUGUAUAUAAAUAUAUAUUUAUUAUUACUAAACUGUAAAUUAAGCUUCGACGAAACAAAUAAAAACCGAUUGUAACAUGUUA